AUGGAGGGGUCGGCAGCACUAGCGGCGAUGAAGGCUCAUGUGGACCGUAUUAGGCAGGUUAUGAACGACAUCAACUUCGAACUCACAAAGCCCACACCCAAUUGGAAGGAUUUGUUGGGUCGGUACUCCGUGCUUUCUGCCCAGUUCCACAUCUUGCUGGAGGAGUUCAACCGAAAGGAUUCAAUCAUGUUUCCCAGCUUGGCGAUCUACCCCAAGAAGACGAUCCCCGAAAACCCAAACCACAUACCAUUGCUCCUGCGGUCCAAGACGCUGCCCGAGAUCGAGGAGCGUGAGAAGAAGCUCACCCAGGAGUUCCUGGCCACGCAGGAGAUCACCACCAAAACAGAGGACCACAAGACAGAGCUCGAGACGAGAGUGGAAAGCUUCAACGCCAUGUGUGAUAUGCUGGAGGAUCACUUUGAACAAAGCCGAGCAAACUACUCAUUCAAAAAGAAACGGGAAGAGAUUCCACUUGAGGACAACAGCCUGCAUCUCAACACGAUCAUCGAAGCCAUCAUGACGGGCAAGGGUAUCACCAUUCGCAAUGACUGA